UUCGCACCCACCUCACUGUGUUCAGAGCUGACAUGGUGGAGCUUGAGAAGGAGGUUCUGCCGCUGCCGCCGAGGUACCGGUUCCGAGAUCUCUUGCUGGGGGACUGGCAAGCGGACGACAGGGUGCAGGUCGAGUUCUACGUGAAUGAGAACACAUUCAAAGAACGCCUGAAGCUCUUUUUCAUUAAGAACCAAAGAUCCAGUUUGAGGGUGCGACUGUUCAACUUCUCCCUGAAGGUGCUGAGCUGUCUGUUGUACAUUAUCCGUGUCCUGCUGGACGACCCGCGGGAGGGCAGGGGUGGAUGCUGGACCUGCCCCAAGCAGAACUCCUCUGCACAUCCCUGGAGCCACUUUGACUGGUCCCUCAUCAUUUGGGUGAACAGGCCGGUCCCUCUCUGGGCCCUCCAGGUGCUCGUGGCCUUCAUCAGUUUUCUGGAAACCAUGCUUCUGGUGUACCUCAGUUACAAGGGCAACGUGUGGGAGCAGGUGCUGCGGGUCCCGUUCGUCCUGGAGAUGAUCAGCGCUGUUCCGUUUGUCAUCACGGUGUGUCUGCCCUCCCUCAGAAAUCUGUUCAUCCCCGUGUUCCUGAACUGCUGGCUCGCCAAGCACGCCCUGGAGAACAUGAUUAAUGACCUCCACAGGGCCAUCCAGCGUACGCACUCAGCCAUGUUCAACCAGGUCCUCAUCCUGGUCUCCACGCUGGUCUGCCUCAUGUUUACCUGCAUCUGCGGAAUCCAGCACCUGGAGCGAGCAGGGAACAACUUGACCCUGUUCGACUCGCUCUACUUCUGUGUGGUCACCUUCUCCACGGUGGGCUUUGGUGACGUCACGCCGAAGAUCUGGCCCUCCAAGCUGCUGGUGGUCAUCAUGAUCUGCGUGGCGCUCAUCGUCCUGCCCAUCCAGUUCGAGCAGCUGGCCUUCCUCUGGAUGGAGCGACAGAAGUCAGGCGGUAACUACAGCCGGUACCGGGCGCAGACGGAGAAACACGUGGUGCUGUGUGUCAGCUGCCUGAAGAUUGACCUCCUCAUGGACUUCCUCAAUGAGUUCUAUGCCCACCCCCGGCUGCAGGACUACUACGUGGUGAUCCUGUGCCCAGCCGAGAUGGACGUCCAGGUGCGUCGGGUCCUGCACAUCCCACUCUGGGCACAGAGGGUCAUAUACCUGCAGGGCUCUGCCCUCAAGGACCAGGAUCUGAUGAGGGCCAAGAUGGACGAUGCGGAGGCCUGCUUUAUCCUCAGCAACCGAUUUGAAGUGGACCGCAUCGCCGCUGAUCAUCAGACCAUCCUGAGGGCCUGGGCAGUGAAGGACUUCGCUCCCAACUGCCCCCUGUACAUCCAGAUCCUCAAACCCGAGAACAAAUUCCACGUGAAGUUUGCAGAUCAUGUGGUCUGCGAGGAGGAGUUCAAGUACGCCAUGUUGGCCCUCAACUGUGUCUGUCCCGCCACCUCAACCCUCAUCACCCUCCUGAUCCACUCCUCGAGGGGACAAACAGUGCCUCCGGAGGCUUGGAGGCAGAAUGCAGGUGCCUUCCAGCCCCUAAGCAGGGAGGGCGUGGCCGGCUCCGCUGACCAAUGGCAGCGCACCUACCGGCGCUGCUCGGCCAAUGAGGUCCACCACAUCCGCCUGGAGGAGAGCAAGUUUUUUGGGGAGUACCAGGGAAAGAGCUUCACCUUUACGUCCUUCCAUGUGCACAAGAAGUAUGGGGUGUGUCUGAUCGGCGUGCGUCGUCUGGACACGGCCAACAUCCUGUUGAAUCCAGGCCCCUGUCACAUCAUGGCCGCCUCCGACACCUGCUUCUACAUCAACAUCUCCAAGGAGGAGAACUCGGCCUUUGUGCGGGGGCAGCGCGAGUCUCUGCUGGGCCCUGCAGGGGGCGCUCCAGGGGCCCCUCACACCAUCUACCACGGGUUGACACGCCUGCCCGUUCACAGCAUCAUCGCCAGCAUGGGUACGGUCGCCAUCGACUUGCAGGACUCCAGCGACAGCAGCGACGGGGCCGGGGGCGGGACCAAGGGUUCGCAGGGCCCAGAGAGCGGGGGUGUGGCCGAGAGGGGCUGUGACUCCAGCACGGAGAAGGGGAACACCCUGAGCCUCCCCAUAUCGGUGGACUCCGCCCCACCAAGACGACACAGCAUCGCCCCCGUCCUGGACCUGGGGGAAGUCAACGGCCCCACCUUUGACCUGCUGGGGGACCAAUCGGAGGACGAAGCAGGAGAGGAUGGCGAGGAGGGUGGGAAGGCCGCCAACUCUCCCAGUCCUUGGUGGGGAGGACACUGCGAGUGGGUGAAGGGGUACCCCUUGAACUCGCCGUACAUUGGCAGCUCCCCCACCCUCUGCCAUCUCCUCCAGGAGAAGGUGUCCUUCUGCUGUCUCCGGUUGGACAAGGCAUGCCACCACGUGCCCUACGAGGACGCCCGCGCAUACGGCUUCAGGAACAAGCUGAUCAUCGUGUCGGCCGAGAGGGCGGGAAACGGCCUCUACAACUUCAUCGUGCCCCUGCGGGCGUACUACCGACCCAAGAAGGAGCUCAACCCCAUCGUGCUGCUCCUGGAGAGCCCACCCGAGGCUGACUUCUUGGAGGCCAUCUGCUGGUUCCCCAUGGUAUUCUACUCCGUUGGAUCCAUCGACAACCUGGACAGCCUGCUCCGCUGCGGCGUGACCUUCGCAGACACCAUGGUGGUGGUGGACAAGGAGAGCUCCAUGAUCGCCGAGGAGGACUACAUGGCCGACGCUAAGACCAUUGUCAACGUGCAGACUCUCUUCAGGCUGUUCCCAGCACUCAGCAUCAUCACGGAGCUCACCCACCCUGCCAAUAUGCGCUUCAUGCAGUUCAGGGUGAAGGACCACUACUCUCUAACACUGUCCAGGCUGGAGAAGAAGGAGAGGGAAAAAGGCUCCAAUCUGGUUUUCAUGUUCCGCCUGCCCUUUGCUGCAGGGAAGGUCUUCAGCGUCAGCAUGCUGGAUACGUUACUGUACCAGUCUUUUGUGAAGGACUACAUGAUCUCCAUCACCAGGCUGUUUCUGGGGCUGGAUUCUACUCCGGGUUCUGGGUUCCUGUGUGCUAUGAAGAUCACGGAGGAAGAUCUGUGGAUCCGCACUUUUGGCCGGCUCUACCAGAAGCUGUGCUCGUCCACCGGAGACAUCCCCAUCGGCAUCUACAGGACUGAGGCACGGACACUGCCUGUGUCAGAGUCCCAGGUGUCCAUCAGUGUGGAGGACUGUGAGGACACCCGCGAGGGCCGCGAGCCCCUGCUGUGCCGGGUCGGCCCCCACUGUAACUCCACCUCCUCUGAGACACCCUCCGCAUCCUCCUCCGAGCACCCGCUGCUUCGCCGCAAGAGCAUGCAGUGGGCGCGACGCCUGAGCCGCAAGGGGGGCCGGGGCCCAGCCGGGGCCAAGGGGCCAGGCAGCGCCGCUGAGCGCAUCAGCCAGCAGCGGCUCACGCUGUUCCGCCGCUCUGAGCGGCAAGAGCUCAACGCCCUGGUGCGCACGCGCAUGAAGCACCUUGGCCUGUCCCCGUCUGGAUACAAUGGAAUGACGGACCAGUGCAACACGUUGUCCUACAUCCUUAUCAACCCCUCGCCAGACACUCGCCUGGAGCUUCAUGACGUUGUGUACCUGAUCCGGCCCGACCCGCUUUCCCAGGUGCCGGGCCGAGGUGCUCCCCAGAAUGCUGGCUCCGGACGCUGUGAUGGGCACAGGUUCCACACACGGGGCAGUACGCACCUGUAGGCCGGGGAGUGUGGAGUGAGAGGAACGGACGAGGCUGAGGGGACCAGGAGGGGGCGCUCUCACGGAGGGAGGAAAAUCGGCAGAGGAGAGGAAGAGGAAAGCUGCACUUUUAAUCUUUUCUGCACCAAAUACGAAAUCCUGCCUUUAUGUAUGUAUUUUGGGGACUUUCACGGAAAACGGAGGCUUCUGCUGCCUGCUGUUAUUUUCUCUCCUCACUGAGAGACUCUCAUUUUCAGCCGAGUCGCUAAACACUUACAUGUAUGCCGAGCUCCAGCCACUGCUGCUGCUGAUGUCUAUACCGCCAACCCCCCCACCCCCACCCCCCCAUAGACACUCAAGGCGGGGGUUCAUAGCCUAUUUACCCCAACGGACCUUCAGAGGAAUAUACACCCCACGAAAAUCAGCUGA